AUGGACUAUCACGGAAUCACUAGAGGAACCAUUCGUGGUGAAGCAUUAAAGAAAUUGGCGGAACUUACUGUUGAGUUUGUUCCAUCAAACUUGAAAGAAAUCAGCACUGGGAUUCAAAAGGAUGAUUUUUCCAAGCUUUUGACUUCUACUCCAAGGGAAAUCCAACAUCGCAAGUCAAGUAUCAAUGGCAGUACCGCCAAUGGCGGGAAUAUAACUUCGGUCGCAAUGGCUCCAAAGGAAUAUGAAGUAUUGCUUGCCUUGUGCGACUCUACUAAAAAGACCAUGAAAGUUAGAAACCAAAUCAAGAUCUUAAUUGACAAAUUCAAAGUCUACUUGUUUGAGUUGCCCGAGCAGAAAUUUGCCUACGAUAUAGUUUCCAAAUCAAUCACUGUAUCUCCUUGGACAUUGUUGGGUGAAAAAUUGACCACCGGUUUGAUUAAUUUGGCUUACCAAUUGAACAAGGCACAUUUUGAUGAAGUUGUUGAAGUGUUUCACCAAUUUAUUGAGAAAUUCUUUGAUAACGUUGAGCCACAAUUCUCCAACUUUUUGACUUUGCUGGGUUUCAUUGAAGGGUUGAAUAAGAAUGCCCAAUUCUUGAGCUACUCACCAAGAACGUUUAGAAUCUUCACCAGCUUGGAUGCAUGUGUUGAUAAUGUCGAUUUCCUUAGCGAUAUAGAGAAUUACUCGGACUACUUGUAUGAUGAACCAAAUGAAUACAAGGAAUUAACAGAACGCGAUUAUGCCAUCAAUUUCUCACCAGUCUUCUACCUUGAGAAAUUGUCCAAGUUGAUGUGUUCCAUAAUCAAUGGAAUGGUGGGUAAUAAGAAUCAAUCAUUGUUGCAUUUCAUUUUGACCAAGGUUGCAAACAAAUAUAAUGAAAAAGAAAACGGAAUUGUUAACAACAACAGCAGCAACCCCAACAACAAUGGCCACUCCCAAGGUCACGCCAAUGGAAAAGCCAUUUCAAAUGGUGUUGCAUUAAAGGACUUGGAAUUUUCCAAACCUCACAUGGACAUCAUCAAGUUCUUGACUGAGUUAGCUUUGAAAAAAUUGGAGUUUUUGGACAGAGGCGAGACUUAUAUUGUUUACUCUACUUUCAACCGUUUAAAAUUAGGUUAUUUGGCAAAGAGUUUCAGUUUGCAAGUGUUGAGCUGUGGAAUGUUUACUGAUAACUUGGACUUGAGGACUUCGAAGAAUUUAUUUAGAUCUUGCAUUGAGAUUCGAGAUGUUAUGUUGGAUCCAGACUUGGGUUUGACCGUAUUCGAAUUUGGAUGUCUUUUGGUAUUCAAAGAUGAAUCAGUUGGUCCUUCGUUGACUAGGGUGUUUACUUCUGUGGUUGCAAACCCAAAAUUGCCAUCUCCCUAUUGCUUAGAAGCUUCGAAAUCAGUUGGCUUGGGGACCAAAAGAUUACCUCAAGAUUCUGUUGUCACCACCAUUUAUUCGUUAACCAAUCUUCUUUUUGUUAGCAACGAAGGAUUGCAAUUACCAUCCAAAAGUGCAAGAAGAGUUAUUAGAAACACAACAGGUUUGGAAAAUGGAUCAUUUAGAGAUAUGUCACCCUUGUCAUCAAGAAGAACUUCAAUUACUUCAUUCUCACAAGCAUUUAGUAAAGGUGGUAAUUCAAGUGAGUUUGAUGAAAAUGACUACAAAAGAGUUUGCGAAAAUGCAAUUAUAGCAAUCAUUGAAAUCUCCGAGGCUUGCGAUGACGAAACUGUGCCAGCAUUGGCUUGUACCAUAUUGUCACAAAAGGUAACCAAGAUUGAUUCACCAAUAGGCUCAUUAAUUCUUAAAGGGUUAAGUUAUUGUGCUCCAUUUCUUCCAGAGAAGGAGUUUAUUAUCUUGGUUAGAUUAUUGAACAAAAUGACAUUCGAUGCUGUUGAAAAGAAGAAUGUGGCGUUAUUGAAUAAUUUGAACGAGGCCAAGAUUUCUUUAGCUCAGAAAUUGAAGCAAAGCAACCCCUUGUUUAAAGUUUAUUUGCACGAGCUUUUAAAAGCCAUUAUCAGCAAAGGUGAUGUUCAGCAAUUAGAGCAUCAUAGAUCUCAUAACGAGAUAUCGGAAAUUGGUGAUCAAAUUUCAAUCUACUUAAAGCCAUUGGCUGCUUUAUUACCCGAUGUUCGUUUGGGACAAGAACCUUUAAAGGUCAAGGAUGCAGAGACAAUUAACUUAUUCAGAAAUAUCUGGUUCAAUAUGGUUGUUCAUGGUUUUAAUGUCAACUCGAAAAAUACCAGAUUGUUUAGAGAGGAAUUGGAAAGAAUUGCAUACAAUUCACCUCCUUUAGCAUCCCAUUUGUCAUGGGAUAGGACAGAGACUUCUAUUGAGUUGAACACUGUUUUGAGAAGAGGUUCUUCCAACCACAAUAUUAAGGACCAUAGACUGUUUCUUGGCAACAUUUUUGAAGUUCACCGUAACUUGUCGUACCCCAAGUUGAUGUUCUUAUCUGCUGCAGUUUUUAUUGAAUCAUUGAGAGUGAGAAGUGGAGAUUGCUCUACAAUAUUGUUGUAUUUCACCGACCCAUCAGUAAGAAUUUCUGGAGUUGAAAAGUAUUUGAGAUCUAUUUCUUUUCAAAUUGUUAAAGAGUAUAUUGCGUUGAUAACGACUGGUGCCAAUAGGCAAUUCUCAGCUGAUCAUAUUGCUGAGCAAUUAACCAAGAUGUUAACAAUGUUUACUUACUCCAUCCCCGAAAUGCAAGAUGCAUCAGUGCAAUGUUCUGAUUUGUUGGUUAGCAAAGUUCCUUCUUCAUUGUGCCAUAAAAAAUCUUUAUUUGCACUUUUCGAUUUACUUACAUUAUUGUUUCAAAGUAUUGCCGAUGCCGAUGUCCAUGAAUACGAGCCAACAACAACUUUCCGUGCAAGAUGCACUGGAAUCAAGAUUGAGUUAUCUGAUGAUUACAAAUGGAGAUGCUCUACAUUCAAUAGGUUUCAUGAGAAAUCCAAACAUUGGAUCAAUUUGUUGUUGUACAAAUCCAAUGUUGAUGUCAAAAGUUUGAUUCAAUCGUAUGUUUCUGCUAAUGAAGAGCUAAACUUUGAUGCCCCCAUUCAGUUUGGAUUAUCUUUUGCGUUAGAGAUGGCUGGAAACAUUUCUUCUCACGAUCGUGAAUUAUCUGCAAUUACCUAUGCAAAUACUUCAGCGUUGGACAGUUUGCCCACAAUUGUGGCUCAGUUGAACUGGAGAUCGAAUUUUGUAUCGCAAUUGAUGAACAAUUUACCAUUGAGAACUGAUGAGGAGUCGGAUCUUGCCUUUAAGCUGAUUAGAGAAAAAGGUUUUAAAAUCAAGACGAGAUUAUUCAACUCAAGUAGUGUUGAUCAUCCUACAAAUGAUGAGAUUAUGCAGUUAUUGAGUGAGAUUGCCGGCCUUGCAUUAAUGAGCGAUGUCAACAAUGCCGAAUUGGUUCGGUACAUGAUUGAGAUUCCGUUUAUCAUGUUUGAACCAUCUGUUAUGAUUACCGCUAGUGGUGUUUGGUUUGCUGUUAUGAAAGAUAAACCUUCAUUGAGUAUGUUGUUAUUAAGUGAGGUUUCCAAGAAAUGGGAAGAAUCCAUAGAGCUCAGGAAAGGUCUUUUUUCGCAAGAACACGAUAUUGUGCAUCCUGAAUUUGACAAGAUGGAAUAUGCUCCAAGUAACAGAGUUGCAGUGAAUAGACUAUCCGAUAAAGCGCAAAAAAGCUUUGCACCACAUUUGGAAAUUAUCAGGUUGUUUUCAAGUAACUUUGAAGCCACACUCAACCAAAGUGAUCAUUUGUUGAAGAUUUUUACCAGGUUUGUUGAGGUUGGAUUGCAAAAUUUGAAAUUUGCCUCGUACCAUCCACUCUCGAGGUUAGCUAGAUUUGAAUUGAUCAAGUUUUCGUUUGAAGUGUUGCUGUACCAUAUUAAAUUGGGAAGUAGAAGUUGUUUGAGCUUGACCAACUUGAUUUUUGAUGGUGCCUUGACUUGGUUUAGACAAAGAAGCACAUUCCCAUUUGGUGGUAAUAAAUUGAAAUUUAAGAGCGAGACUGAUGUGAUGAAAGAAGUUGCCAAGAUGGCUAGUGCCAUUUCGGCUAAGCUGGCCGAAGUUGAUACCAAAAAGGGAAUCUUUUUGCAUUUUCUCGAUGAUGAAAUUUACAAGUUUAAUGUAUGGAUGACUACAUUGAGCCCCGUGGACACCUCGCGUACUUUGGUUAGUCAUCAAUUGACACCUGCACAAGUUGCAAAAGCUUAUAGCAUUGACCCAAUCUUAGCCAUCAAUUUGGCAAUGAGAUUCAAGAUUAAGAAUGUUGAUGAGCAAUUGCAAGAAUUGAUCAUUAAGAACCCGUUGCCAGCAACUUUUUAUCCCGAUGCAGUGCAAUUUUUUAUUGGUAUCAAUGCUGGAACUCAUAUGCCCUCUUAUCAAUUGUUGUUUUGGUCAGCGUUGGCACCAAUUGAUGCCAUCACAUUAUUUUUGCCUCCAUUUGGUUCCAACUCAUUUAUUUUGCAAUAUACUAUGAGGUCAUUGGAAAGCCAUGAUGUCAACUUGACUUUCUUUUAUGUGCCUCAGAUUGUGCAAUCCUUGAGACAUGACGCUAAAGGGUAUGUAGAGAGGUUUAUUGUUGAAACCGCUAAAGUUUCCCAGUUGUUUGCCCAUCAAAUUAUUUGGAAUAUGUUGGCAAACAGUUAUAAAGACGAGGACUCAACAGACCCUGAUGAUUUAAAGCCUGUGUUGGAUAGAAUUCAGGAAACAAUGUUGAAUGAAUUUAGUGAAAAAGAUUUGCAAUUUUAUCACAAGGAGUUUGGGUUCUUUAACGAGGUUACCGACAUCUCGGGUAAAUUGAAGCCGUACAUUAAGAAAUCGAAAGCCGAAAAGAAGGCCAAGAUCGACGAGGAGAUGGCUUUGAUUAAAGUUGAGCCUGGUGUUUAUUUGCCUUCUAAUCCGGAUGGUGAGUUGGUUGAUAUUAAUCGUAAAUCUGGUAAACCAUUGCAAUCGCAUGCCAAGGCUCCCUUUAUGGCCACAUUCAAGAUCAAGAAGGAAGUUACUGAUUAUGAUGUCAAUGGACAAGCACAAAAAGUUGAGAUUGAGAAAUGGCAAAGUGCAAUUUUCAAAGUUGGUGAUGAUUGUAGACAGGAUGUGUUGGCUUUACAAUUGAUUUCGAUGUUUAGGACGAUUUGGCAAGAUGCUGGUUUGGAUUUGUAUGUGUUUCCUUAUAGGGUCACAGCAACUGCACCUGGUUGUGGUGUUAUUGAUGUGUUACCAAACUCAACAUCGAGAGAUAUGUUGGGAAGAGAAGCAGUUAAUGGGUUAUACGAAUAUUUCAUUACCAAGUUUGGACCUGAGAAUUCGAUUGAGUAUCAGCAAUCGAGAAACAAUUUGGUAAAGUCUUUGGCUGCGUACUCGAUUAUUUCAUACUUGUUGCAGUUCAAGGAUAGACACAAUGGUAACAUUAUGUAUGAUGAAAGUGGUCAUAUUUUGCACAUUGAUUUUGGUUUUUGCUUUGAUAUUGUUCCUGGUGGUGUUAAGUUUGAAAAUGUUCCUUUUAAAUUAACGCACGAAAUGAUUUUGGUGUUGGGAGGCAGUGACGAGACACAAGCUUUCAAAUGGUUUGAGGAGCUUUGUAUAAAGGGAUACUUGGCAUGUCGUCCAUAUAUGGAGAUGAUUGUGCGUACUGUUACACCAAUGUUGGAGAGUGGGUUGCCUUGUUUUAAAGAUACAACGAUUAAGAAUUUGAGAUCAAGGUUUGUUCCAAACAAGUCUGAAAAGGAGGCUGCUGUUUAUUUCAAAAAGUUGAUUAAGGAGUCGAAGGAGAGUUUCUACACUAAAGGGUAUGAUGAGUUCCAGAGACUCACCAAUGGUAUUCCUUAUUAA